AUAGCUUCCAUUGGCUGCUCAGCUACUAGAGAAGACACAUCAGCCGAUUCCUUUGGGCCCUCUGACUUCGUACAGGAGCCGGACUUGCCCUGCCUCAGCCUAGCUCAGAGACCAUGAACGCUACACACUGCAUCUUGGCUUUGCAGCUCUGCCUCCUGGCGAUUUCUGGCUGCAGUAGUCAGGUCCCAAUCAUUGAAGAAAUAGAAAAUCUGAAGAGAUAUUUCAACUCAAGUAACUCAGCUGUGGGGGAUAGUAAGGACGUUGUUUUACAUGUCUUGAGGAACUGGCAAGAGGAUGGCGACACAAAAGUAAUUGAUGUCCAGAUUGUCUCUUUCUACUUCAAACUCUUUGAAGCCUUGAAAGGCAACCAAGCCAUUGAGAAGAGCAUAAACGCCAUCAGGGCAGAUCUAAUCGCUAACUUCUUUAACAACAGUGAAGCGAAAUACGAUGGGUUCAUGAGCAUCAUGAAGAUUGAGGUAAAUGAUCCACAGAUCCAGAGCAAAGCUAUCAAUGAACUUGUCAAAGUAAUGGGCCAUCUGUCACCCAGAGUCACCCUAAGGAAGCGGAAAAGGAGUCGGUGCUGCUUCGGAGGUGGCAAUCGUCUAAAUAAGAACAAUCCUGCCAGCACUAUUUGAAUCUUGAAUCUAAACCUAUUUAUUAAUAUUUAAAAUUAUUUAUAUGGAGAAUAUAUUUUUAAACUCAUCAAUCAAAGAAAUAUUUAUAAUAGCAACUUUUUGUCAUAAGAAUGAAUUUCUAUUAAUAUAUAAGUUAUUUAUAAUUUCUGUAGCCUUAACUAUUUCACUUAACCAGUUAACUCUUUCUGACUAAUUCACCAAGACUGUGAUUACAAGGUUGUAUCUGGGGAGGCCAGCCAGCCAGCUGACUGAAGUCAGUUGUGGGUUGUACACUUAUUUCACUUGACAACGAGGAACAUUUAGAGCUGCAAUGACCCCAUGAGGUGGUGCUUCUGGUGCCUGGAGAACAUGUCCAGUUCUCCCACUGAGCCAGCAGCGCUUUAAUAACACGCCAGAGAAUACUUCAGUGUGUUAGGUAGUACAAAUGGUCCCUGGAGGAAGACAGUGUCUCAGGAGAUUUUUACACCUGGUGCUUCUGAAUACUUCUGAAAGCUGUGACUGCACCCAAAUGGCAAACAACUCACUUGUUUACAGUUUAUCACGGUCUAAUGCCCAUGAAUAAAGUGUAAGUUCACAACU